GGCUGACAUGGACGCCCGGAAAGAGGGUCUGCCCCGAAAUCCUCAUUUCUCAGCCCAACCGCGCCUGGGCACCCUGAGCCCCUUCUUUCUCUCCUGCGCCGCCUACUUCCUCCUCUGGAUCCCCGAGGACCCGCCGUCCUGGGUCGGCGCGCUGGUCAAGGGCCUGCCGGUGCUGUGCCUGCUGGGGCUCCUGCGGGUGUGCCCUGGGGGCGCCCACAGCUCGGUCCUGCAGGGGGCCCUGGUCUUCUCUGCCCUCGGAGAUGUCUUCCUCAUCUGGCCCCAGGCCUUUCUCCGUGGCGUCCUUGCCUUCACCGUGGCCCAGCUGCUCUACGUCUGGGCCUUCGGCUUCAGACCCCUGCAGCCGGGCCUCCUGCUGCCCAUCGCCCUGGCCUCCCUCCCGUUCUACGGCCUCCUGCUGCUUCACCUCUCCCCAGACCUGGUCCUGCCCCUGACGGCCUACGCCCUGGCCCUGUCCACCAUGCUGUGGCGGGGCCUGGCCAGGGGCGGCAGCGCCGGCUGGGGCGCCUUGCUCUUCGCCAUCUCUGACACCCUGCUGUCCUGGGACGCCUUCAUCCAGCCCCUGGCCCAUGCCCGCCUGCUGGUCAUGGCCACCUACUACGCCGCCCAGUUCCUCAUCACCUUGUCCAGCUUCCAGAGCCCCAGGCCAAAGACCAACUGA